UCGGGCGGCCCUUGGCCCGUCCCGAACACUAUUUGGGCUAAAAAGAAAAUCAAAAAGAAAAGAUUUUGUUUGGUCCGGGCCUUAAUUAAGGUCUUUUUUGACGCGUCCCGUGAGCAACGUGGCAGCACAGGAGAGGGAGAUGUAAACGAAGUCGAUGAAACCUAUUCCGUGUGUUUCUCCUCUUUUGUCGAAACUGAAGCGAAAUCGAUUCACCGCUGUCGAUCUGAUUCGCCUCAAUCCGCUUCUCCUCGAUCCGUUUCUCUUCGCUCUGUUUCCUCUCCGACAUCGAUUCAGUCCACCUCCGAACAGUUUCCUUUGGACAUCGAUUCAGAGUCGACCCAAACUUGGGAAGGUAGACAUAAACAUGGGACUCCACAGCUACAGCCAGCCUUCGCAGUCUGACGAUAUAUUUUGCAACUCAGAGGACGGUAGCUUCAGCGAGAUGGAAGAUCUCAUUCGACGUGACCAAGCUGAGUUAAGCUUACACGCUAGUUCACAGGUUCAGUAUCCUCCUCAACCAGAGGUUGAGUUUGGCAUCCCACAAACUUGUUACUGCGGUGCUAAGCCUCUCCUUGCAACAUCUCGGACUGAUCCAGGUAGACGAAUCUACACAUGUGAGAACGUGGACGAUGGAGAGUGCCAUGUUUGGAAAUGGUGGGAUGAAGCCAUGAUGGAAGAGAUGCGAGCCCGAGAUCGACAUGUGAUUCAGCUAGAGGAAAAGGUGGACAAUCUUUCACUUUGCAGUGACAUCGAGACUGACCAGCGACUGGUUAGAGUUGAGAAAAUGGUGGGUGAUAUAGGAAAGGAACAAUCCAAGCUUAGGCUGGGAUUUGAGUACUUUGUAAGUGCAAUGAUUGUGGUGACAGUUUUACUUGGAAUUGUGCUGAUGGUUAAGUAAAUGAAGAUGGUGAUGUAUUGAACUAUAUGUAAUAUGAUGUAUGGACUUCGAACUUUAUGUAAUAUGAUGUAUUGACUAUGACUUCUCUCAAUCGUAUUAUGUCUUGUAAUGUAUCAGACUUUAUAGUGUAAGUGUUUUGUUAUGUAGUUUUUUUGCAUUUUAACGCAUAGAUUUGCAUGGCCACAGAAACAGGUUGCGUUGAUUUCAAAUAUACAAUUAUAUCAGAACAUGUACUUUCCAUUGUUUGUUUGUAUCACGGGAAAGAAAGCUUUAAGUCACAAGAUGAGAUGAGAGUCACGAGAUGAACUAAAGACCAAUUAUAAAUAAGACACUUCUUCUUUCAUAAACACUUGUACUUCUCUUUACAUUCAUAUCUUCUUCUUUCUUUCAUAACUUCGUUUUUCAUAAACACUUCCACUUCUCCUUGUUUCAUUCCUUUAAAUUUCUUUUUAAAAAUGGCAUCUUCUUCCCAUUAUCAUUACCAUAGAGGAGGUGAUGAUAAUGCAUUUGAAGGCGUAUUUGAUGAUAUAUUUGAAGAUCUCGAAGCUAUUCCCGAACCAAAAGAGCGAAAAAAACGUAUUUUUAUCGAGAGAAAUCGGGAAGAAGGCCACAACAACCUUUGGAAUGAUUAUUUUAGCGACACUCCAACAUAUCCUCACAAUUUGUUCCGCCGACGAUUUCGAAUGAACAAGUCAUUGUUCUUAUAUAUUGUGCAUCGUCUCUCUACUGAAGUUGAGUAUUUUAAACCCAAAGAAGAUGCAACCGGACGGUCUGGUUUAUCGCCUCUCCAGAAAUGUACCGCAGCAAUUCGUCAAUUGGCGUAUGGUGGUGGAGCUGAUCCCGUAGACGAAUAUAUACGACUUGCUGAAACAACAUCUCGUAAAUGUUUGCACGAAUUUACCGCCGGAAUAAUCCACUUGUUUGCCGAUGAAUACCUCAGACGUCCCACAGUGGAGGAUCUUCGGAGACUACUCCAUGAGGGUGAAGAACGGGGAUUUCCCGGAAUGAUUGGAAGCAUCGACUGUAUGCAUUGGGAGUGGAAGAAUUGCCCCACUGCCUGGAAAGGAAUGUAUUCACGAGGAACCGGAAAACCAACAAUUGUGUUGGAGGCCGUUGCUUCAUAUGACCUCUGGAUAUGGCACGCUUUCUUUGGCGCUCCAGGUACUUUGAACGAUCUUAAUAUUCUGGAUAGAUCACCUGUUUUUGAUGAAAUUAUUAACGGGAAAGCUCCCCAAGUAAACUACUAUGUCAACGGAAGGGAAUACAAUUUGGCGUAUUAUCUGACAGAUGGUAUCUAUCCAAAAUGGGCGACUUUUAUUCAGUCUAUACGACUGCCACAGGGUGCAAAAAAUUCUUUAUUUGCUACGCGUCAAGAAUCCGUUCGAAAAGAUGUCGAGCGGGCCUUUGGGGUCCUCCAAGCUAGGUUCGCCGUUGUUAGAAAUCCUUCUAAUCUAUGGGAUAAAAACAAAAUAUCGAAUAUUAUGCGAGCAUGUCUCAUACUCCAUAAUAUGAUUGUCCAAGAUGAACGGAAUUCAGAUACUCUUGAAGAAUUUCAAGAUGACGAUUUUACUUUUACCGUCAAAAAGGCUAAAAAACCCGGCAAUAUAAUUGCUCGUCGUAAAGAAGUUCGGGAUCCACAUAUCCAUCAACAAUUAAAAGAAGAUUUGAUUGAACAUAUAUGGGAUAAAUUUGGACAUCUUCCAAAUUACAUAUAAUGUG